GUUUUUUCUUGGAGUUUGUUGACUGUUAGCCAUGACUUCCAAAACAAGUGGACGCGUUGUUGUGGAUGCGCUAUUGGUCGUUCCAAAUGUUUUCCAUCAUUAAUAGCGUUUCCCCAAACGCGUUGCACUUCUUUAUACAGUAAAUGUAAACCUUAUCCAUCUCCUCAACUAAUUGCACAAUGGCAUCUGGAAGCGGUUGGAGGCUCCGAAAGAAGGGGACUUCAGGAUGCCUGGCCUUAGAGGAGCGAAGACCACCACGCUUUUCCGAUCUGUCAACCCUGAGCUCACCGUUAGACCCGGACUUCAUGCUGCAACCGGAGGAUGCGAAGACUGUGGCCAGCAAGAAAAAAGAUGAGGUACUGGUGGAAGUGAGGGCAGUGAUGAUAUCCAGCAUCGCUGGCAACAUCGAGAGAACCCGAAGGGAGGAGAUGGAUAUUGCCCAACGCAAGAUAGACAAGGCGGAGGGGCGGUACAAGGCAGAACUAACUACCUUGAAGGAGUCAUCACAAGCACUGGAGACUCUGCUGGACAAGACCAUCAGGGACCUCCGUACAGCUGUAGCCGAUAAGCAAGUAUAUAUGGAUGACCUGGAAGAAACAAGGGCAGCAUUUCAACAUUUCAUCAAUCAGCAGUUUAAAGAAUUGAAGCCUGAUCAAGCUGACUUUAUCCUACCAUCAAAGAAAUGUACAGGUUGAAUGACAAGUGAACGAAUAGAAGCCCAGAAAAGCAUGCUCUCUUUGGCUCAUCACAAUUGGUCAACUGUAAUAAAUCUGAUUAUCCACAUGCUAUUUCUUUGUGUAAUAAUUGCAGUACUUUUGUCUGUUUGAUAUCUGAUCAUGUGAUUAUGCCAGGCAUCACAAGUAUCUGUCAUAUAGGCAGGUCACAUGUUGAUUUCAACAACAAAACUUUGGUAGGUAAAAGUGCCUUUCAUAAUCUGUAAUGCCAGGAAUGAUUUACGUUCUCAUUAGGUUGAACUGUGUUACAUCUCUUUGAAUUAAUCUGUGCGUGCCAUUUAUUGUUCGAUGGUUUAUUUUAUUAGCAUUGCAUGAUCAUGAAUCUCAA